AUGACUCCACCAAAGUGUUCCACGAAGGAGUUUCCUCCGGCUGUCCAGACUCAGGUUCCAGUGACAAUAUCACCAACUGCGGCUCUCUGGAUCGACCGAUCUGCAGUCGACAAGCUCCAUCCAGUUAUUCCACACAUUGGCUGGGAUCUGGUGAGAAGCUCAGAUGCGGAAUGGUGGCGCCCUGAGCCGCCACCCGACAUACGCAUGCGGGUGGAUGCCGAAUGGUGCAGGCCUUGGCCCAACGACUAUCGUCAAGCCAUCAUAAUCGAGUCGGUCCCAAUGCCGAGAAAAAGCGCUGUUGGCAGUGGCUAG